AUGUUCAUCCCGAAGAUCAUGUUCCUGGCCGCCGUCGGGCGUCCCCGAUAUGACACCGAGCGUGGCACCUACUUCGACGGAAAGAUUGGCAUGUGGCCAAUUGUUGAAUAUCGACCAGCCCAACGCAACUCCCGACAUCGGCCGGCUGGAACUAUCGUCGCAACGUUGGUCAACAUUGACGCUACGGUGUACCGCAACUAUGUCGUGGCACAAGUCAUUCCCACUAUCAAGGCAAAAUUUCCUACCUCGAACAAGCGCAUUGUGCUCCAGCACGACAAUGAAACUCCACACGGCGGCGUCACCAACGAAGACCUUGUGAGCUCAUCAACGGACGCGUGGACAUUUGUUGUUCGCAGCCAGCUGCCAAACAGUCCAGACCUGAACGUUUUGGAUCUUGGGUUCUUCUCAUCACUCCAAGCCUUGCAUCACAAGUUGGUGAGUCGUUCGUUGGAUGAUGUCAUUCAUGCAACACUUGCUGUGUUUGGGCUCAGCGGUGGCGAGACACUCGGAAAUGUGUUUCUUACCUUGCAGGCCGUGAUGCGUCUUGUUCUGGAGAACAAUGGCGGCAACUUCUUCCGCUUGCCGCAUUUGAGUAAGGAUGCGUUGCGUCGUGCCGGUGCACUCAUGUCCAACGUUUCCUGUCCUGUUUCGCUCUCGGCCUGA